UUUCGAAAAAGCUUAAGGACUGAAUCUAUGGUGGCUCGAUUAUACAAAGAGAACUGACAACCAUACAAACCAAGUACAGUAAUAUCUACUGUUCAUAUCCAAUAUAUGUUUCUUUGCUUAUUAGGAUAAGGAGAAAAAUCUCAUCAUAAAUCACACUUUUCAGUACUCUGCUUCACUAUAUACUUUCUGACAUCAGAUCUGAAGAAACUGAAGGGUGAAGUGGUGAUUGUGGAUAGAUUUUACAUAAACGUGUAUGUUGAAGAAUAGUUUGGAUUCAGUGAUAGUGAUUACCUGGUAACCUAUUGGUUGAGUGAAAAUUUAGGAUCUACAGUCAUUUUACAGCAUUUCAAAGCGCCAGUAUGAAUCUUUGAACUCUGUUGUUUCUGGUUAGAUUUUCAGGCUUGUCGAUAAGAUAGUGAGUUAUAGUGAAAUUUGAUUGAAUCGGUUAUUGGCUCAGUUGAAAAUGAUUGUUGUUCCUCGGCAUCGGAAUCAAAACUGUGGGGGAAGUAGGGCACAAGGCCCUAUUCGAUUUGGGUCAUUUGGUUCACCUCCCUUUGGUGGGUUCAGGGAGGUAAAUUGUCGGGCUUUUGAGUCCAGAGCAGGUUCAUAUCAAACCCAAUCCAAGUCUUGCAAGAAACCUGUCAUCAAACGGGCCCUCUCGGGUUCCUUGUCUCCCAAAACGCGACCACCUUUAACAUCACUGCCUGUUAAUACUGUCAAGUCUCAUUCUGAAAAUCAAAAGAAAUCAGGAAAAACAGCCAGAAAUUGCACGAUUGCGAUACCAUUUAACCUCAAAGUGGAUGUUGAUUCUAGGAAUGAGGAUUUCUUGAAUGAUGUGUUACCAUUUUCUGAACUAUGGGCUGGGCCAGCAUAUUCGAAUUCUCCUUCUCCUAGUUCUUUGCCCAUGCCCAAGUUUUUUCUCAGGCCUAAAAGGAAUGCCUCUCUUGAAUUUCCUACUUCUGUAUCUGAUAUUGAUUUACGUCCCAUUGCCAAGUCUGCACCAGCAUCUCCAACCAGGGAGCGCAGCCUUUCUCCGGGAAUUGUAUAUGAUGGUACUGACUCAGUGACACAGACUCUUCGUCGCAUGCUCAACCUUGAAAUUAAUGAUGGAUGAAUGUGUGGUGGGAGGUCUGAAUAGCAGCUAAAUAGGGGAUUAUGUAGUUUUCGUAUUGGGUAAUAGUAGAUAGUUCAUUUGGUGAAUAAAUCACUUUUUAGUUAGGAAGUUAUCGUCUCGCUUAGUGUUUGUCAUGGUAGAUCAGUAGUGAAGUUUCAACACCUGUCAACAACACCUGUCAAGAGUGGUUAUUUUAAGGGGAAUUUUAUAUGAACAAUGGCUGGUUGAUCAACUCUCUCUGGGUAUACUCAAAGUUCGUGCAUUUAUGUGCAGACAUGGUUAGACUAUGGAAGAAGAAUCUGGGUGAUGAGUGGAGUUCAAUUAAUGGAGUAUGCUUGUGCAUUGAUCAGUGGAAGAAGAAUCUGGGUGAUGAGUGAGAUGCUCCUAUUACAUUACAGUAAUAAAUAGAUAGCUUGUAGUUCUUUGUAGAGGUUGCAUAACUUGUUACUCAACUAUCUUUAAUGCCCUGGAGAUCAAUUUGUUAUAACCAUCAAUUCUCAUUCUUGAUUCCAGUGUCAUAGGAUCGUUCGUUCUUAUUGCCUCUUCAUGUUCCUCUAGAUAUUCUGUUAGUCGGAGAUAUUGUAUAUAUCUUAGACCCUACCAGAAUAGCAUCCCUUUAGACUUCUGUUUUAUUCAGUUACUAGACCUUAGCCUUUUCAUCCAAUCUUGCAUCCUUACCUCCUCUAUCUCUUGGUAGAUUCAAAUUCAUGACUAGAAAAUAGGAUAUUUGGUAUAUAUAAGUCCUUGCUAUUCCUUGAAUGCCUGAAUGGGCUGGUCAUCAUCAUACCUUUGUAUGUAUUCUUGUCAUUUUUUCUUCUUAACUCUGAAUAGGAUAUAUCUCCUACUUCCUCUUGAAGUUGUUUCCCCUUAACCAAUUUUCUGUUUUUUGGGAAUGAAAAUUGGGUAGGGGAAUUAAUAGUUACUUGUAUCCUUUUCUGUUCCUUGUCUUCGGUAUCUUCCCUUUUAGCUUUCCUCUUGCUAGUCCAAUUAUGUUUGUUAAGAGGUUUAUCCUUCGCCAAAAAAAAAUCAUCUUUCCUAUGGAGAUUGUUGAUCCCUAGCUAUUGAUAAGUACUUUUAGUUGGAGCUGUUGGAAGAAGAUCGUUGAGCUAAUUGUUCUCCCUACUCUCGCCAUGGUAGCACUACUCGUUAUGUGUCAUUUCAGUGUCUUUAUAAGAUAUAUGUUGUCUGUAGGUCCUUCGACCAAACUGGUAGUUACUACUGCAGUAAUUAUCUAGUUAUGUCAUGUUUUAGGUUUUGGAGUUUUACUUUUGUUGUUGAACUUGUUGUUUUUAAGGUAGCAUUUUGAUUAAGACAUCAAUUGUGUUUCUCUG